CUUAGUAACGUAAGUUCUGUCGGUCCUGCUCUUAGUAGCGUAAGUUCUGUCGGUCUUGCUCUUAGUAACGUAAGUUCAGUCGGCCCUGCUCUUAGUAACGUAAGUUCAGUUGGCCCUGCUCUUGUGAACGUAAGUUCUGUCGCUCCUGCUCUUAGUAACGUAAGUUCUGUCGGUCCUGCUCUUAGUAAGGUAAGUUCAGUCGGUCCUGCUCUUAGUAACGUAAGUUCUGUCGGUCCUGCUCUUGUGAACGUAAGUUCAGUCGGUCCUGCUCUUAGUAACGUAAGUUCUGUCGGUCCUGCUCUUAGUAACGUAAGUUCAGUCGGUCCUGCUCUUAGUAACGUAAGUUCAGUCGGCCCUUAUCUUGGUAACGUAAGUUCAGUCGGUCCUGCUCUUAGUAACGUAAGUUCAGUCGGUCCCGCUCUUGUUAACGUCAUUUCAGUCGGUCUUGCUCUUGUUAACAAGAGUUCAGUCGGUCUUACUCUUAGUAACGUAAGUUCAGUCGGUCUUGCUCUUAGUAACGUAAGUUCUGUCGGUCCUGCUCUUAGUAACGUAAGUUCAGUCGGUCUUGCUCUUGUUAACGUCAUUUCAGUCGGUCCUGCUCUUGUUAACGUCAUUUCAGUCGUUCCUGCUCUUAGUAACGUAAGUUCAGUCGGUCUUGCUCUUAGUAACGUAAGUUCUGUCGGUCCUGCUCUUAGUAACGUAAGUUCAGUCGGUCUUGCUCUUAGUAACGUAAGUUCUGUCGGUCCUGCUCUUAGUAACGUAAGUUCAGUCGGUCUUGCUCUUGUUAACGUCAUUUCAGUCGGCCCUGCUCUUGUUAACGUCAUUUCAGUCGGUCUUUGCUCUUGUUAA